AUGUCGGCCAGCGGGGCUGUAGAGCCCGGGCCCCCAGGGGCUGCCGCCGCCCUCACUCCCGCCCCGGCCCGGCCACCCUCCGCAGGGCACUUGUUUCAGCCCAUUGCCAGCACGGAGGAUGAGGAGCAGCAGCCCACCGAGAUCGAGUCGCUGUGCAUGAACUGUUAUUGCAAUAGCAUGACGCGACUUUUGCUCACGAAGAUCCCCUUCUUCAGAGAAAUAAUCCUGAGCUCCUUUUCCUGUGAACUGUGUGGCUGGAGCAACACGGAGAUACAGUCGGCAGGCAGGAUCCAAGACCAGGGAGUGCGCUAUUCUUUGAGCAUUAGGGGUCUGGAGGACAAGAACAGAGAAGUGGUGAAGACUGACUCUGCUACCACCAGGAUACCUGAGCUGGAUUUUGAAAUUCCAGCUUUCAGCCAGAAGGGAACUCUGACCACUGUUGAAGGAUUGAUCAACCAUGCUAUCCCUGGCCUGGAGCAGGACCAACCCACAGGAAGGGCAAAUGAAGAAGCCAUAGCUGAAAGAAUUGAUGAGUUCAUUGUCAAACAGGAGCUAAAGAAAAUGGCCAACCCUUUCACUUUAAUGAUUGAUGAUCUCGGGAACAGUUUUGUAGAAAAUCCCCAUGCUCCCUGGAAAGAUGAUGCCCUAGUGAUCACACAUUACAGCCAGACCCUGCAGCAGGAAGAGAUGCUGGGGCUCCAAACAGAAGCACCAGAAGAGAAGCCAGAAGAGGAAGAUCUCAGAAAUGAAGUACUUCAGUUCAACACAAACUGCCCAGAAUGCAAUGCCCCUGCUCAGACCAACAUAAAGCUAGUACAAAUCCCCCACUUUAAGGAAGUUAUUAUCAUGGCCACCAACUGUGAGAACUGCAGACAUGGAACUAAUGAGGUGAAAUCUGGAGGAGAGGUAGAAUCCUUGGGAACCAAAAUCACACUCCACAUCACAGAUCCCUCAGACAUGACCAGAGACCUUCUCAAGUCCGAGACAUGUAGUGUGGAAAUCCCAAAGCUGGAAUUUGAACUGGGAAUGGUUGUCCUGGGGGGCAAUUUCACCACCCUGGAGGGGUUCCUGAAAGACAUCCGGAAACUGGUAACCAAGAACCCUUUCACACUGGGUGACAGUUCCAAUCCUGGUCAGUCAGAGAAACUGCAGGAGUUCAGCCAAAAGUUGGACCAGAUCAUCGAGAGUAACAUGAAGGCCCACUUUAUUAUGAAUAAUCCAGCAGGCAACAGUUACUUGCAGAAUGUCUAUGCACCUGAAGAAGAUCCGGAGAUGAAGGUGGAGCGUUACAAGUGCACCUUUGACCAAAAUGAGGAGCUAGGGCUCAAUGACAUGAAGAUGGAGGGCUACAAGGCAGGCUUGGCCCCACAGCGAUAG